AUGCCUGUCAUCUCGCGCCUUCUCUCUAUUCCUCUGCGCAUUGCAGAAAUCGCGUUUGCUGCGGUCGUCGCUGGUAUCAUCGGUCACUACCUCGCCUCGUUCAGUGACAUCGACCCUUGGCCUCAGGCUCGCUGGAUCUACACCGAGGUCAUCGCUGGCCUGUCCAUAUUGCUGGCUCUGAUCUGGCUGAUCCCAUUCUCUUCGGGUUUCUUCUCUUGGUCUCUGGACAUUCUCAUCUCCUUCGGCUGGUUCGCUGCCUUUGGUAUCCUCGUGGACGCCAUUCAUCAUCUGCCCUGCGGCAGUAUCUGGUCCUGGCACUUUCGCGGUGACUCUGUCUGUGCACGCUGGAAGGCGGCUGAGGCUUUCAGCUUCUUGUCUGCUAUCGUCUGGCUGGUCUCUGCUCUUGUCGGCAUUUGGUUCACUUUCCGCAAGCGUGGAGAGACCACUCAGUCGUCUGGUCGUUGGGGACGCAAGCGCGCCGCUGUCGGCUCCGCUGCCUAA